AUGGCUAUUACGUGCAUACUCGGCAGAAACACUUCGUUGAUCGAAGUCAUAUUAUUUCUCACCGCUGGCCGGUCUACAGAUAUUAAAAACAGCAUCAACACCAGUUAUACCACCGGCCUUCGCUCCGCUCCAGCCCUGCUCGAAAUGUCCAGUACACUUCCAGCAUCGACCUUCCAUCCGUCUGCGCAGGAUCGUACGAUGGAACGCAGUACCUACAUCGAAGACAAGCCGCAAAUAUCGAUCAAGCGUGCACCGCCUUGCGAUCAGGACAAGCACUUUGUGAUAUCGCCUUUCAGCGAUGACUUUCCAACACCAAGGGCGAACAUAUAUGGGCCGAUCCUAGAUGCGCCUGUCUCACCCGCAAGCUCCGAUACGCAGUCUGAACAGAGCUCCACUUUCAGCAAAAGGACGUGCAAGAGCGAGUAUUUCGAUGAGCUGUAUGACCUCACCGAGAGCGAGUCUGAAGGAGACCUCCCUAUCCGCCUGUCGAGCUCGGUGAAGAAGAGGAUGCAGCCUUCUCGAAGCAAGUAUCCUUCGCUCGUCAUCCCAUCGCCGAGUGAGUGGCCUACGAUUGAGAAGAUGAAGUCUGCCGCCACUCCUUUGUCGCCACCUAUCAAGCUGGACGUGCCUUACUCGGUUCUGUCGAAGCUUCGUGAUUUUCGAGUGCCAAGUGGAUCAUCGGCACCGUCUUUAGACGGCGACAGCACUGAUGAGGACAUGGCCCUGUCAAGUUGUCCUUCGACUCCGGACAUCGAACAGCAGAACGACAAUGCAGAAACCUGGGAUGCGCCUGUCCAGCUGGACCCUCGAAGCAUCUCACUACUGGAACACAUAAACCUUGAAGAACCUCCUGAGCAGACCGAAACCGUCAUAGAAGUGCCUGCGGAAGUAGUCGAGGAGAUGAGGAUGAUUGUCGACUCGCCACCGAUCACGGCUAGAAUGAGACUUCAGAUCCAAGAUCUCACACCGCCGGCGACUGCCGAUCCGGAAGACGAGCUCUCUGCACUCUCAGUUCCUUCACCUGGGGGCUUCUUUGCUUCUCUGGAUUCUUCGAUCGCGCGACACACCUGGUCAGUCAACGAGCCUGGACCGAACACCAGCAUUGCAACUCAAUUCUAUGGCGUACCUUGGCGGGAUUCAGAGCCAACCACGCUGCCCACGAGUACCGCUACGUCUUUCUACGGCGUGCCAUGGAGGGACCGACCUGAGGAUUCUGUCGAGCACACCGUGUCUGCAGCUUCGCCUGAACCGAAAAGCGAUCCAGUCACAGCUAAGCGAGUCGCCUUUUCAGCCGAAGACAUCAUCCACGAGGAAGACGAGGUCGAUGAGAUCGAUGAAACCUACGACAUGGUCAUCAAGGAGAAUGCAUCAGCUCACAUUGACCGGACCCACUUAUGGCUGAGUGCGCAAACCGACUACAUGAAGGCGAUAUGUGAAGACACCGAUACCGACGUCGUCGACUCGUUCAAGGACGUGGAGGAUGCUGUGCCUAGGACGCCGACAGAGACAUCACCAGUGUCUGCUGGAGCUUCACCGAGCAAGAAAUCUGUCCGCUUUGCCGAUGCAGUGAUCGAUCCCACCGGAGAGAAGUCACCGCAAGUCGAGAAGAAGCGCAUCUCACCCAUUCACGAUGGAACGUUCUGGGAAGGCUGGCGCCACACGAAGCGAUCUCAGCGUGCUCGCGAUGUCUUCACUCACCGUCAGGUCCGAGCUGAGGCAGAACAUGUCAAGAGAACUAGUUGUCAGAGACAGCACCUCGACCAGCUACUGGGCCGGUAUGAGAUCACUACUAUCGAGCGACCAGCACCGCAGCGGCCGAUUUCAACGUUCUUACCUGCCGCCACCGAAGACGAGAGAAAGGAACAGAUCCAGCGAGCUGAGCGUGAGCGACAAGCUCUGGAGCAAAUGCAGACAUCCUCCUGGCAUCUGUCGGCACACAAAGAGCUCAAUGGUGGCAAGCUGCUUACCAGCCCUAUCGUCGAGACUUUCAGGGGUCGCAGAGAUGUCAGGAUCCUCGACCUUGGUGGUCAGGUGCACUGCAGCUGGGCUUGGACCGUAGCUAUGGAGCAUCCUGCUGCCACUGUCUACACCACUGUUUCGUCGGACGCCGAAGCCCACGUGGCGGAGUCAACACUCGAAGGUCCAGCAAAUCACUUCGUCGUGGCCGCACCAAAGACCUGGGAGCUACCGUUCGAGUCGGACUACUUCGACGUCAUCUCAGCGCGAAACCUCUACGCCUAUCUCAAGACCACCUGGCCCAAGGGCCACGGCGCCGACGAAUGGGAUCUCACCCUCCGUGAGUGCUUGCGAUGCCUCCGACCUGGUGGCUUCCUAGAGUUCGACCUCCUCGACGCUGAGCUGGUCCAUCCCGAAGGCUCCGCCCAAGCACUAGGUGUGGAGUUCGCCUUCAAUCUCAAGACCCGCGGCUACGACCCCUCGUCAGGCAAAAAUUUCCUCCCCCGUCUCAAACGCGCAGGCUUCCAGAGCAUCAAACGCGCCUGGCUCAUCCUCCCCGUCGCAGAAGUCCUACCCCGCUGGACCGACGCCGGCAAAGAAGGCCGCAUCAGCGAGGAACGCACUACCGAGCGCUCCAUCGGUCCCAACGGCGAGGUAACAGCCUACGAACCUCCCAUCACCGGCAGCACCAAAGACGUGCGCGCCAUGACCGGUCUCGUCGGCGCGCGGAUGUGGGAGCAGUGGAUGCUCAAGCUGAACUGCGAGAUGGGACGCGACGAGGCGCGAUGUCUGGAGGGAGUGGCGAAGGCUUUGGAGGAGGCCGGGAAGGGGGAUGCGGCGUGGAGGUGCUUGGUUGGCUGGGCCAGGAAGAGCACGUCCUGA